GAGAGAGAGAAACCAAAAAGGAAAACAAAGCUUUCUUUUUCUUCAUUUAAAGGAAAACAAAUGGCAUGGCGCUUUUGUGUGAUAUGAGUCUUGGAAAUUUUUUUUUCUCUUUUUUAACCACCGCUCUACGGAGUUCUCUUCCUCUCUCCAUCAUCAUAUCGCAUCCGACUGCUCCCCUCCAUUCUGACCAGAAGACUGUCCGGAUGUCCCUGAUUCCCUUCUCCCCAUACCCCUCGGUUCAACCUCGGUCCGAUCAAAGCUGUUUAUCUAAUGUCGUCACGUCACCUGAAUAUCAGAUUCCCGGUUCGGUCUACUACCUUACUCUUCAGAUGUCUGAGAUGAAGUUGGUGUUAUCCACUUUGUAGCAUUAUCCCGCAUCCCAUAUCGCGACUACUCAGAUCCUUUUUCUGUCUACCUACGUGAUCAGGUCUCCGUCGUUUCCGCAUAGCCUUAUAAAACCCUUGCCUUCCUGCAGCGGUGUGUAAAUCUGUAGCUGUUGCUUGUCACUUUUACUUAAUUAUUGUAUCGGAUGGAAUGGAAGGAGGAUGUUCGAUUCGUUAUUUGCAUUAUUGGAAAGUUGAGCUGUGUUGGUCCUGGAGUUGCGGUGGAUAUAUAUUUCUUUGAGGUGGACUCAUAGUUCACUGCGGAGCGAAGUGUAGGAUGUCUGAUAUAAACAACGCCGGAAGGAGGAGUCACGGUCCCCUCGAGCCCCAUGAUUUUUAAGAAG